AUGUCCGAGUCCGGUUCGGAGCAAAGCAAGGUAGAGAAAAAGAGUAGGGAAUACAACCGCAACGCUCAGCGGGUCUUCCGUCAACGGCGCAAGGAACACUUGACCAAGCUCGAACAAGCGCAACGCGAGGCCAAUUCAUUACAAAGCGAAGAGGUUGAACGUCUUCGAAGGGAAAAUCAAGCCCUCCUCGCGGAGAACGAGACGCUCAGAGCAUCGUAUGGCUCGCAGACUAGUUCACCAGGUCCAUCAAUCAGUCCACGAGAUGUCAGAGCAUCGCCAUCCAAUUAUCUACCGUAUGGCCCACCAGCAGCGUUUCUUGCUGCCGCGGCGACAACGACACCGGUGUCGACAGUGCCAGUGCCGGGAUCUGCUUCCACCAUGAUGCAAGAUACGGGUAAUCUGGUGGUUGUUAUGCCCAACAACAUUCAAGAGAUUCGGCGCUCGCUGCACCGACUAUUCGCGCCUCUUUUGGAUAUUCCAGUCAUCUCGAACCCUCGAAGCCACUUAGCAACGCUGCAAGCAAUGCAGCCGACUCUGCCUACCUCGCUGAAACCGACGGCGUUGCAGCUCUCGACGCCACACCACGCUUAUAUUGAUAUGAUUCCAUCGGCAACCCUUCGAGAUCGGCUUGUUGCUGUGGGUGCCACCCACGCAAACGCCUUUUUGAUGGAAGUCUGCACGCUCGCUUGCGAGAUCGACGACACCGGACAGAUGACGAUAUGGGGCGAAGACUGGCUGAAUGAGUUCUCGUGGGAAUUCUCUGCUUUGGCACUCGAGCGAUACGGUGGCUGGCUUUUGACAGCAGAAUGGGGUCAGCGAGCAAACUUUUGGCGACGGCAGAGAGGCGCUCCGAUCCUCCCAGGCUACGAUUGA